AUGCUUCUACAGCUAGGCAAUGUCCCAGCCCUCAUCAUUUCCUCCCCCAUAAUGGCUAAAGAAGUCCUCAGAACCCGUGACCUCAAUUUCUGUACCCGGCCUGAGCACAAGUCAUUUCUUACUGCGGUUCUUGGCCCAAAGAGAAUACAGUUGUUUAGUCAUGCUAGGGAAUUUGAAAUUAGUCACACGAUCAAGUCUCUGUCCCAAGCCUCGUCCUUCCCGGUUAAUCUUGAGGAGAAGGUAUUUGCUCUGGUGGAUGGAAUUGUCUGGUGGGUUGUGGAUAUCUUAACAGGGGUGCGGAAAAGGCUAAAGCAAUGUUUUCAUAACUUGGGUGACUUUUUUGAGAGGGUACUUGAGGAGGAGCAUCUUGAUCCUGCAAGGCUGAAAUCCGACAGGGAAGAGGACUUGGUUGACAGUUUGAUUGCCUUGUUGAAUGACCAAGCUACUGACAGCCUUUGUCCUUCCAAGGAGCAUAUAAAGGCAAUUCUCCUGAAUGUAUUUAUUGGAGGCAUGGACACUCCUGUGGUGGCGAUUGUCUGGGCAAUGUCUGAACUUGUCAAGAAUCCCUUAGUCAUGCAAAAGCUACAAGCUGAAAUCAGAAAUUGCUUUUUGAGAAAAGCUGCCCUGGAUGUAGAUGAUCUCACAAAGCUGACAUACCUAAAGAUGGUGGUAAAGGAAACCCUCAGAAUGUAUCCACCGGUACCAUUGCUUAUCCCCCAUGAGGCAAUACACAGAUGUAAAAUUGGUGGAAGCAAUAGCUAUGAUGUCCUGCCAAAAGCCAGAGUCUUGAUCAAUGCAUGGGCAAUGGGAAGACACUCAAGCAUAUGGACGAACCCUCAUGAGUUCUAUCCUGAGGGGUUUGAAGGGAACAACAUUGAUUUUAGAGGGCAACAUUUUGAACUUUUGCCCUUUGGGCUGGCCGAAUAA